GACAGGACACAAAAACAAAAAACCACAACAACAAACAAAAAACCAUCACCGUAAAAACCAAUCCAGAACCCCACCCUGUGGAGUAGGGAGCAACAUGGCAUAUAUUUUGGGAGGGUCAGGAAGUCUUGGGAAGAGUUUGGAGAGGCACUAGAAAAGCUGAGUCAGUGGAACAAAGAAUAGCUGAUGAGAAUUUUUCAUGAUAUCACUGUUUCCCUUUGUGUUUGAUGCUAUCCUAAAUAUGAUAGUGCCACCCACGUGUAUUCUUGCACAGUAAAAAUGGAUUUUCCUCGAGGGCCAUGUCCAAAGAAGCCCAAUGCACACAGCAACCGUCAUAGGAAGUGUGUGGGAGAGCUGGGGUUGAGGUCUGUACCCAGAGGUGGUUGGUGCUGGGCUCCCUCCCAAGCUGAGGGCUUUGUUGCAGGAUCCUCAGUUUGGUAAGGAACCCAGUGUCUUUAGCCACAGUGAAGCCUUCAGCUUGGGAAGGAGCUCAGCAUGGACCUCGUCCCCAGCUGUCCCACAUGCUUUUGGGAGGGUGUCUCCUGCUGAGCAUGGGAACACCUGGAGUCUUGUCCCCUUUGCCCCACAUGAGUGGCCGUAAGACCCUUUCCACGGGGAUGUCUCCUUUCGGUCUGUCCCACCAGGAUGAGCAGCCACCCUGGGGAGUGUUGGGAGGAACCAUUUGACACUGUUGUGUCAUUCACUUCCUUCUUAGCAGGGACAGCUUGGGCUGCUGCCUUUAUUUUGGGAAGCACCUUUUUUUUCUCUAAAUGAUGCAUUUGCUGCUUUUGUUUUGGUGGUUUUUCCCCCUGGUUGUCUCCUGUGACACACAGCCACUUCUCUGCUGAACUUCCACCUUCCCUGGAGUUUCCGUGACAUAGGGCUGACGGCAUCCGGCACCCAGCACGGCUUUGCCAACCACCACCGCUAUCUCCAGCCUGAAUCUUCUUGGGGCUUAACUUGACACUGGGCUUGUAAUGGGCUCUGAUACUGGACGAAACUUUAACCUUCACUGCUGUGAUAAAGACUGAUACAAGCUAAAAUUAACUCUUGCAUCAUGUGGUGAGGGGUUUUCAUAGUUGGCUCCAGGAACAAUUACAAUUUCUCUCUGAAAAGCAAGUGUGUAUAACUGGUCUUUUUUUACUCAGAUCAGCCAUGGCUCAUUUCUGCUGUCUUUUGAGGAGAAAGAUGGAGGGUUUUCUUACCCUGGCUGACUUUUGCCGAAGCCACUCACCCGUGGACUGGUCGUGGAUGGGCUGGGGUUGCUGGUGUCCUGGGCUGUCUCUCUGCACCCAUCGCGGGCUGGGCGAGAGCAGGGUUCGGGUGCCAGGGAGGUGAUGCUGGCAGCAGAGGUGCUAUUGCUGAUGAAAGCCAGAGGAGGGGAGACGGGCUUGGCUUCGUGCUCCUGGCCAGAAAGCAAAGCACGGGCUGCAGAAACCUGCCAGCCUUAGUCUGGGGUGUCGGACCCUGGGGGGGUUGAACAGGCAUGGAGAUGAGGUUCUCAGGGACGUGGGUUAGUGCUGGUGUUGGGCUAAUGGUUGGACUCAAUGAUCUUAAAGGUCUCUUCCAACCAAAAUGAUUCUGUGGUUCUAAGGUGGGCAAAGCAUUGAUGGAGGGGAGAGAAAAAGAAGCACAGGGUAGGGCUGGAUUUUUUUUUUUCAGGAAGUUAUUGUUCAGCAUCAAGAUGUACUUUGCAAUAGUGAGGUCCAGGAAAUUCCCACAGACUGCUGUAGCUGCUCCUCUGGCUGGAGGCAGGAGGAUUGUCAAGGCAAUGGGGACAAGGAGGGCAGAUUGGAAGGGCCAUCAGGACUGGCAGGGCUGCUGAAGGUCUCCCUGGCCUUAUGGCAGGGACCACUGUCCCUCUGUCAUUCAGUUUGAGUCUGGUUUUGCUUGUUCUGCCUUCAAGGACAUGGGCACAGAUAGGUCUCCCCUUUACAGCAGCGUUUCUGUAAUGGAGUUUAUCCCAUUUCCCACCCCCAGCAGAGCAGGGCUUCAGUUUGAAGCUUGUCCUUCAGCAUCUCCAGGAAUGAGUCUUUUGCAGUUUCCUGCAGAAACCAUUGCAAAAAAUAAUGGACCUUAAUCUAACAACAUUUCUCCCUGUGCCUUUCACUUCCCGAAGCUCAGUACUUGAACAGUUCAAGAGUAUUGCACUACAGCAGCUAAAAAUAAUGGAAUAUGGAGAUGAAAGGCUCAGCCCAUGUUUUUAGCUGGAGAUGAAGGCAGCAUCUUGCCAAUGGUAAGAGCAUCUCCAAUUGAAAGGGCCUACAGUGAGUCACUGGGGCUGCGUACAGAUAAGUGUCUUUUUGGAGAAAGAGAGAAGGUACCAUCGCAACUGUUCUCGGUGAUGGCUCGGUGGGACUAAUUUAGAGGUUUGUAUUUCUCGGCAUCAAAAUACAUCACAGCUUUAAAGGGGUAGUGAGUGGAAUUCCCCUGUUAUCUGUUUGUCAAGAAUACACUAGAUCUUGUCCUGAAAAAUGGUAAUUGUAAAAAAGAACAUUUUAAAAAUAAGUCAAGAGGAAGUCUCAGUUUGCAGAAUGGGUGGUAGGGAGCUUUGCAGAUAAUUCUGCACUGGACACUAUCGCACUGUUGUGGUUUCAGUUUCCCCUAAGUGUUGCUGCUCGGGUAUAAAGCUGGUCAUGGUCUCAACGUAGCUGCCUGUUCACAUCGCUAACCUUGCAGCAGGGGAGAUGUUCAGUUACAGAAAGUCCCAGAGUAAGUUACAAGUACCUUCUGCUUGUAUGAGUCUGUGAUGUAUCAGCUUGUAUGUAUCUGUGAUGUCUCUCUGACCUACUGACCACCCUCCUUCUAACCCACCUCAGGUACCAUUGGCUUCCUGGCCACAAGGGCACAGUGCUGGCUCAUGGUCACCCUGCUGUCCCCAGGACCCCCAGGUCCCUUUCCCCUACACUGCUCUCUAAUAGGUCAUUCCCGAGCUUACACUGGAACCUGGGGUUGUUCCUGUCCAGAUUCAAGACUCUACACUUUUCCUUGUUAUAUUUCAUUCAAUUUUUCCCCGCCCAGCUCUCCAGCCUGUCCAGGUCUCUGAUGGCAGCACAGCUUCCAGUGUCAGCCGCUCCUCCCAGCUUGGUGUCACCAGCAAACUCGCUGACAGGCACUCUAUUCCCUCGUCCGAGUCAUCGAUGAGUGUAUCGAAUAGUACUGGUCCCAGUACCGACCCUUGUGGGACUCCACUAGAUACAGGCCUCCAACAACAUAAAGGCGGUUUCAAUCUGAAAUCACUAAAAUUUUGUUGUGGUUGCAUUUUGUACAUUUUAGGGGCAGUCCCACCUGCUUGUCUAACUUAUUAAAAAAUGACUGAAAGAAACCUGUGACUCAAGAGAGGAGAGGCAGCGACAGCCCCAGCAGCAGCAUUCGGUGAUGAUAUGAUCUUCCCAUGGGCACUUGGGUGCCGGGGCCUUCCUGGCUCCUCUGCCAUCACUUCAGAUCCUGCUUACCCAGCCUUAGCAGGUUGGGCAACAGAUCACAUCUUCCCUCCGGGAGUGAUGGGGAGGCGCUUGGUUAUAGGCGCAGUUCAGCUGAUUUCUUCAGUAACCUCAGGUGAGGGUCCACGGCUGGUCCUGCCAUGGCUGGUGGGAAUUUUGCUACUGGCUGAAGAGCUAAUGCAGCUUUGGCGUGGAAAUGAGACCUCUGCUGCCUUGGCCCACACACCACUGGUGUCUGUGACUGUCUUUUGCUAGCCCUCAUGUGCUCCAAGUAACUAAGUAACGGUGCGUUUAUUCUAGAUUAUCAGUACUCUACUGUAGUUAAUCUGUGAAAUAACCCGGUAAAAUUGACCUUGGGCAGUUUUAAAGCACACACUCCGUCUUCAAAGGUGGAAAGAACUCUCUGGUUUUACAGCAGAGACUUUAUAGUGGUGCACUUGUAAAGCUUUCUUGGACCAGUGGUUUAUUGAGAGCUGCUCAUGCCAGCCUCUGGCACUGUUCCUCAGAGCUUACAUCUGGUUGCCCAGAAGUGGAAGUCUAGUGAGGAGUCCUGGGGACCUUGAACAGACAAAGUCACUUGCAAAAAUGUUGGCUUCUGCUUUUUUUUUUUGUUAUGAAUCAAAUUUUGGGGUAAAGAAGUGAAAGCUAAACUGAGUCUAUCGCAAUUUCCGUGUUCCCAUUAUUGCACUAUCAGAGGUUCUUACGGGCUUUGAAACAUUUGUUUGUGCAACUGCUGCCUAAUGAAGGAAAUGUGAUUAUUCCCAAUUUGCAUGUGGGAAGCUGCUUAGGAGAAUAAGGGUGUGAGUUUUCUUGGUAAGGACACCUGCCUAAAAAUCUAGGCCUCUGAUUUAACUUAGUCCAUGGGCUACCCCUGAAAAGCGGUUCAAGUUGGAUGGGAUGAGCUGACCUCCAUACCAGGUGCUCCUUCUGUCUGUAGAUGUCGAUUUGCUUAGAGGUUCACCUCGUUUUUGCAUAGGUAAAGUUAGAGGCAACAGAUCCUACCCCUGUGAUAGACCCGGUGUCACCAUGGAGCUUUGUGGCAGAGCAAACAGUUGAUGUGGCUUCUCCACAGUUGCUGGAUGCUUUUUUUGCUCAGUUAUCUUGCCUUGGAUUCUAUUGUGGUUUCUUUUUUGGCUCAGGAUGAUAAUCCUGAAGUUGUAAGAAACAAGAGACCAAGAGCUUUGGCUGGUCUGUUUUGCCUUGAUAUGUUUUGUUGGGUGUGCAGUGGGUUCACAAAUGUUUUCAGGAUGUUAGAGGCUUUCUUCGUUUUGCUGUGCGCUUUGGUGUGCCGGUAAGAGCCUUGGUGGGGAUGCCAGCAGAGCUGCUGGUGGUCCAGGGUGUUUGGAGAAGAAAGGGUCAACCACUCUGGCAGAAAGUCAUCCUGCAUAUGUAUAAACCCCCUUCUGGACCUAAGCCCAGUGCACCUGACUGAGCCGUCAACCAGCUCUGGGUGACUUAAUUUCAUCUGAAUCCUUGUAGUGAUCAAGCAUUUUGUAGGCAAAUAAUGGCAUGGUUUUCUUCUUUAGAUGGUGGUGAGUGUUGACUUGCAUCCCCCAGUGGUUCCCUCCCUGAGCAGCUGCACCUGGGGCAUUUUUUGGAGGGGAACCAAGUUAUCCUGCUUAAUCGACUCAUCUGGCAGGGUUGUCCUGCUCAGCAGUGGUGAGACAUGAAUUAUCCCUUCCCUUGGUCCACUGCUCUGAGGUUGCAGCUGGUUGAUGCUGUUGAUGUCUGUGCCAGCAGUGCGGGAAGUCCUGACUUACCCCGGUGCCUCCUCGCCAAUAACUUGUACCCAGCGGAGGAAGCUCUGGAAGAAGGGGCUGGUUAGGGUGGACUCAGGUUAUGAGCUUCUUGAGGAACGAUCUAGAUAGGUCAGGAAAGUGAAUCUGACCAUCUGUAUGACCAAUCAACUUAUAACUUUCAUGAGCCUUAACUAGUCAUUAAAAAAGGCUCCAUCUGUCAGAUUCAGGGCCCCCCCAUCAUCUGAAAGGCUAAGGCUGCAUGUGUCUGCUGAGGAGCAUGAAUGGCCACUCAUAACAAAAUGCAGAUAAAUUUUCCAUGUAGUUUAUCACAGAAGAGCAAAUAUUGAUCACCUCUUUUACUUUAUUUUUCUCGAAGCCAUCAGACUGCUGGACAGUGGCCUUGCAAACUGAUGCGUUACCUUCUAGGGACUCAAUGUGCCCGUAGAGCCCCCGCUCAGUUUUGCUGUUCACGAGGAUUUGGUCCAUCUGAGAAAGUACAUUUUCCCUGGCGUGUUCUGGGGAGGUGCGAACCUCUGCGCCCUUAGAGACAGCGGAUCUUGUGAUGGCUCCUCUGUGUUCUGUUUUCUCAGCAACUCCCAACGAGGUGCGAAUUAUGGAUGUUGCGUUUUGACCUUGUGACUGUUAAUAUGUGUCUCUCUGCUAAUUAAUGCACUGUAAUUCCUGUGCUAGCAGAUAUUACCUCUAAAAAUAUCUAGAGGUGCCUCUCUGGUGGUAAGGCCACGGCAAUAAGUUUUAAGCAGGGAAUAUGGUAAGGCCUGAUCCACUCUUUAGCUGUGCCGCAGAAAGCUUCUGGUAAUGGGGCUUAUCAAACUCUCCUGGGGAAGAGAAGCAGGAGAUUUCACGCUCUAAAUGGUGAUGACAUUUGUGUUGAUGUCAGCGGAAACCCAAGCUGUAUGGCUGUAAAGAAAGCUUGUGGAGUGAUGCUUGAAUCUGCCGUCCACGCUGGAAGACAGACCCAAGCUGCUUGGGUAGAGCGUAAGCCCUGCCCUCCAUUCCCAUGCUGGGCAAAUGGGGGGAAACCCUGGUGAUGAACAGUGGAAAGAGUCUUUCGUUCACAUGUUUGUCAGUGGCUGGUACAUAGCUGUUCCUUUAGCAUCCAGGUGGGAAGAGUCCAGCCCAUUGUGUGGGAAGGAACAGAUCUGUUGGCUGCUCUGGAUCUUCUCUCCCCAUCACUAGACAUUGCUACGUGGCCAAGAGAACUGACCCCCUUUAAACAAGCAGACGGGGCCCCAGGGUUGCUUGAGCCCAGCCUUGCUGUAUGUGUUUUCAUUUAGUGAAGCACAGACAGUCAUUGCUUGGCCCUGGACUGCUGCGUCCACACAUCUCUCCUUCCCCAGCCUCUCCGUCGCCGAGCCACAUGUCCUGCUGUGGUAUCUUGCAGACUCACGAGCGCCAAGGGACAGCACAGUUAUUUCUGACCAGAUCAUUUGUGUGCGGUCUUUAUUUUUGUAUUUUCUCGAACACAACUGUUGAGUUUCCUGGAACUGCUUGGCCCAAACCAGAGUCCUUUGCAUGUUAAUAACCUCACAGCUCGUUUGUGCAGCGUGGCGGGUGCCACGUGUGGCUCUCGGAUGUUGCAGGAGAGUGAAAUCAUCCUCCAGAAUAGGAAGCGGUGGCACAACUUCCCCCCGGCUCCAGAGCACUUCUCUUUUUGGCACCAGCAUGCGGGAAGGCGAAGUAAGAAGAUCUCUGUUGAAAAUGCAGAAGUGCAGGUUGCUCUUGGAAACCAUCAUGAGCCCGCGGCGGAGCCCUCGGCUUCGGCCAGUGGGGAGGGGUAUGUUUUUGUGAGGAUGGAUUCAGGCCGGUGGCUUCCUCUUCAGAUGGGAAGUCUCCUCGGUGCGUAACGAGAGGCAGAGGAUGGGUGGAUUGUAGGCUCUGCAGGUUUCGCUCCAGAGAGUUGCUUUCUCCAGUUCUUCUGCCCUUGGGAACGUGUCCCUGCUUACCCGUGUGUUGUCUUCGAUGUCAGCCCCGCUCAUUGUGUAAUCCCACAGGGUUAUUCCUGCUUUUUGUGAUGAUUUGCCUUGUGCUACUGGAGAGGCGGAGCCAUUGUCCAAGCCCCGGCUGUGCUCAUUCAGAUGCUGUUGACUGUUUGCAGCGGGCGCUGCUGAGUUUUUGGCUGGAAUUUUCUUUGACCCCAUUCGAUUACUGAGUCCUACAUGCUCAGCUGUGGGGCAAAAAGAGCAUAGGGAAAGUGGCUCAUGCAAAAACAUCUGGAGCCAAUGCAUUUCCAGAUACACAGAUGACUUUCCAAAGUCACACGGCAGAUCCUGCAGUAGACCCCCCACAACAUAUUUGAGAAGGACUCAGCCGUGGUGCAAGGCACCUGAUGGGGUGUGCGAGCCCAUGUGGGGACAGUAGAGGUGGAUGCAUGGGGGAAAGCAGAUGACAUUAAGGACACGCUAUGGGUGAAGAUGACUGAGGGUCACUUUGCCCGUGUGGGCUCCUGGGUCCCCCGCACAACCUCAGCAGAUCUUUCCUCCUCCAGCCUGCGCUGGGCACAGGUGUUGCUGCAGCUCCGGGAGCUUUGGUGGGUCUGGUGGAAAGAAGAGCCUGUGUCCCCACCAAAGAGCCAUCGCAUCUCUUAGCUCGGCUCUGCUGCCUACUGGAGCACGAUGUUUCUCAGUCUGUUUAGAGAGAUGGUGAGGUUGGGAGGGGCUGGAAGAGAAGCUGUUGUUGGGAGUGCUGUCUAGAGAGGAGGUGCCGUCACGAGGGAAGUGUCUGUGUGUGUUGGCAGUGAGAACAGGCAGAGCGCAGCGGUUGUGGGUCUGAUGCUACAGCUGGUGCAGGACCUUCGCCGUCUUUUCCGAGAUCUACCAGGGCUUUGCCCCGACACCUUGGGAGAUGAAUUAAGAUGCAGCACACCACGUGCACAGAGGACAGGAUCUACCACGCACUGGAACGAUGUCUACACGGGCUUAGCAGAGAUGCUUUCUCCAGCAGAUGGGCUGCUGGGCUGUGCCUGAACUGCUGGAGCCUGCAGGAGCUGGUGAGCCGGGACGCCAGCAACUACCUCAUCCUGGUGGAGAAGAUCCUCGGCAAGGCCAAAGAGGUGCAGGAGAAUUGCGACUACGAUCUCGUGACGCCCCUGGCUCUGCUCUUCUACUACGCGGUGCUGCUCCUCACUUCCCACCAGGCUCAGACCUGCUCCUGAAAGCCGCCAGUGUGUACCACAGCUUCCUGACCUGGCCCGUGCCCUACUGCGACAUCUUCCGUGAGCUGCUCACCUUCAUCAGCGACGAGCUCAAGGCCCCCGGGAUCUCCUUCCAGAGGCUGGUGAGGACGGAGCAGGGGCUGCCCGUGAAGAACCACCAGAGCUCCACCGUGACGGUGCUGCUGCUCAACCGCUCUGAGGUGCAGAGCGAGUUCCUCUCCAUCGCCGAGAAGCUGAGCGCCAGCAAGCACCCACGGCACGGCACCCUUAUCCUGCUCCUCGAGCACCUCUACCAGGCCAACUUCGGCACCCGCUGCGACCUGGGCAGCCUGCACCACCUCCUCAAGUCCAAGACACUGGAAGAGCUCCUGGAGAUCUACGCCAGUGCUGCCGAUGCGCAGGAGAUCGCAGCCGCCAGCAGCGACCCGGUCCUGGCCCGGGAGCGGCUGCAGUCCGUGCUGCGGGACAUCGCCGGCGCCGCGUCCUUCCCGGCCAUCGCGGGAGAGGCUCAGCCCCGCAAACUCCACCCCAUCCCCAUCCCUGCCGCUCGCUGCUACACGUACAGCUGGGAUCAGGAUAACUUUGAUAUCCUCAAUGAUGUCCUCAGCAAAGAGUGCAGCGUUGUUGAGCACAUGGCGUCGGAGAACGAGGAGGAGGAUGAAGAGGAGGAGGUGGAAACUGAUGGCUGUUCGCCCGAGCGGGACUCGCUGCUUUCCCCCAUCUGUGCCAUUUCCAAAGACUCCGUUUACUCAGCACUGUCGGAAGAGGGAUUGAAGUCCUCACGAGUGUCUCUCUUCAACACCUCCAAGGACUCCAUCUCAGAACUGACGGUGGUCUCCAGAAAGUCCCUGAAGUCAUUUGUCUCCAGCCUGAAGGACUGCAUGGACAGUGGGUACGCGGAGGACAGUGACGAAAGCUCCCUGGACACGGCGGGGCGGCUGGAGCUGAAGGUGGAGAAGACCCACCACAAAUACAGACAAACCCUGACCACUAAGAUCUACAAACUCUUCAAAAGCAAAAGCCAGCUGGUCUUGAGGAGGGACCUGAAGGACUGCCCGGACAUGGGCUCGCUCUCGCUGCCCCUGCGCCGGGCCGAGAGCCUGUGCACCCCGCAGGCCAAGCACCGCGUCCCGCCGCGCUCCCGCCGCGCUCACUCAUUGCCGCAGCAUGUCCUGAGCCAGCGGCUGCCGGCCCCGCUCGCCCCGCGCCAGCUCAGCCUCCCCCGGCGGCCCUUCCUCAGCUACGAUGAGGACGCCAAGGUGUCCACGCUGCGCAUCGUGGUCUUCGGCUCCGACCGCAUCUCGGGGAAAGUGGCCCGAGCCUACAGCAACCUCAGGCUCAAGGAGAGCACCUGCCCCUCACUGACAAGGUACUUCAAGCUGCAGUUUUUCUACGUCCCUGUGAAGAGGAGCUGCUUGGCUCCAUCGACACCAGUGAUGCAUCCGUCUCCGUCCCUGGGGGACCCGCAGCUCCGGGCCUCGCCACAGCCGGAUCCCACCUUGGCUCGAAUGGACAGCAGCACCAACGACAUCUCCCACUACAUCGGCAUGUUGGACCCAUGGUACGAGCGCAAUGUUCUGGGACUGAUGAACCUGCCCAUGCACGUCCUGUGUCAGUCGGCCAAGCCGGAGGCCGAGCCCCAGGAGGACUCCCCGGAGCAGCUGCCCAUCCUGGCUGACAUGAUCCUCUACUACUGCCGCUUCGCCAUGCGCCCCGUCCUGCUGCAGCUCUACCAGACAGAGCUCACCUUCAUCGGGGGAGAAAAGAUGACCGAAGUCUUCAUCCAUUCCCUCGAGCUGGGCCACUCAGCGGCCACACGGGCCAUCAAAGCAUCAGGUCCAGGCAGCAAAAGGCUGGGCAUCGAUGGAGACAGAGAAGCCAUCCCGCUAACACUACAGAUCGCCUACAGCAAGACAGCCAUCAGUGGGAGAAGUCACUGGCACGACGUGGAGAAGGUCUGCACAUCCGUCAACCUUAGCAAAGCCUGCAAGAAGUAUGAAGAACUAGCCUCGAAGACAGAGUGUCUCAACCUGACCAUGACAGAGGUGGUCAAAAGGCAAAACUCCAAAUCCAAAAAAAGCUUCAAUCAGCAGAUCAGCGUGUCCCAGAUCAAAGUAGACAAGGUCCAGAUUAUCGGUCUCCAGUCCUCCUUCGCUGUGUGCCUAGACCAGGAUGAGCAGAAGAUCCUGCAGAGUGUAACACGGUGUGAGAUCUCUGUGUGCUACAAACCCAGGGACAGCGAUCUCUUUGCACUGAGAAGGUCCUCAUUGCCUCCCCAGGACCACUCCGAGUUUCAUUCUCUCCUGUGUUUACCCAUUGCCACUUUCAGUGGAGCACUGCCGUAGAAGCACCCUGUGUCCUCUCAGGACAGACUCACGUCCAACACCAAUAUAGCCUCAGGAAAAGAAGGCUGACCGCCCUCCUUUGGGUUGGAGACCCAUCCGUUCUUGUCCAAGACAUCCUGCAGCCCAAAGCGUGAGAGCGGUGACUGAGCUGCUCCUGGGCUGGGCUUAGCCCAUGCUUGGGGAAUGGGAGCGUUGUUCUUGUGCUCUGGUAUCUCUCAGGGUUCCUCAGCAAUGGGAGGAAAGUGGUUUCCUUGAGAUCUCCACCUGGUUCAGCGGACUGCCAACACCUGAUUGGGAGGGCAAGGCGAGGGCAGUGAGAUUUUCCUGCCAGCAAAGGGUUCGGUGGCUGUAUGUGACAGCAGCUGCAAGACCAGUAUGAUCGUGGGGGGCUCGUGGAGGGAAAUUUUGGAAAAUGAAUAUCCUUGGCUGAGUGGUGGUAGGUGGCCUUCAAUGCACACGGAGGUGCAGGCCACCCAACUGAAAUCCUGGUGGCAUGUCACCCGUAACAGGUCACGAUGCUCAGGGCAGUUCUUGAAGGACAGGGACAGGGUUUCUUAACAUUUCAUUUAAAUUCUGAAGGUUGGGUGUCUUGCAGAACAGAGUGACCUAGUUGAAUCCAGGAAGACCUUGGCGUGGGUUGUAGACUGUUUGCAUUCCAGUGAAUCCAGUGCAAUAAGCCAUACCAGGGCAUGGAUAGCUUGUCACGUAUAUAUGUAUGUUUACUGUAAAUCCAGGACCUGCAGGAGAUGAACUUCCAAUUCCUGCAGAAUUCACCUAUGAGAUGUACUCCCUGAUCAGCUCAUGUUCUUGUGCUCACCAGCACUGUACCCUAGAGAUAGCCCAGAGCCUGAAUCCUCAAUAGUUGCUUGAAAUAUGACAGGAACCAUGCUCGCACUCACAAGAGGGAGGGAAAUACCGGGGAAACCACUGGGAUUGCCUUAAGCUCACCCAAAGAGGCAGCUUUGCUAGAGAAGGACCCAGCACUAAAAACACUAGCGACACUUGUAAGUGACAAUAGGAUUUGAGAUCCCCCCAUCCCCUGCAAAGAGGCUUUCCAUCCUCCUCUGCAAGGCUGUAGGUACAGAAAGGUGCAAUAUUUGAGGGGUUUUAGAGGUAUUCCGACCCUUGCCUGGUUUCAUAGCUCUCAGGCUGUUUCUCAGUUGGUUUUGGUGGUUGCACUAAUGAUAACAGGCAGAAGCACAUGCUGCCUGCUACAGGCUAAAAGGAGCUUAACGCUGAGGACAUCAGAUCCCUGGAAAAGUCUGGAAGGGACCCUCAAUGCUGCUGGGGUCUGCAGGGCUCAGCCACAGCGUGAUCAGUUCAGCGCGGGUCCCCUGGUCCUCCUGAGAACAGGACCUGAUCAGCUCUUAGCACUAGUUAGAACAAGGCUGGGCCCUGUCCCCAAGGGCUGGUGUCAUUUGAGGUUAAAUCUGCCAGGAAAAGGGCCAGAGUCCCUGGGGGCUUCAGUUGUCUGCGGGGAGCAUGUGUCAGGCUUGUCCGCUGGAUUCCUCCACAUCCCUCCUGAAGUGUCUGGGGAUCCCUGCUGUGCUGUCCACUCUGAUCCUGGCCACACGGAACCUGCUUUCCGUCCCUGCUGCCUUUGUCAUUUGGGGACAGCUUGGUCUGGGCCCAGUGGUGAACAUCGUGGGUGGAGAAGGUGCCAGCUGGCUCCUUGGUGGCCUCAGCAGCUCUGGCUGCAGCUUCUGCCAAUGGCCAGAAAUAAGCAAAAUGGGAUGUGAACAUGGUCCUGGGGCCUCUGCGCUUCAUCCUUCUACUUGAAUAAACCAUCCCAAGGAUGGUGUUGCAUUGUGGACUCCAAGAAGAGACUUUUACGUGGGGUGAAGCAUCACUUGAACGUAAGCAGGUGCGCUGGCUCCACCGUGAUGCAAACACAGCUUGGACACCCAGCAAGGACCCACCUUCCCUGGCCACACAGCAGCUCCAGGAGCUCCCAUCGUCUCCUGUGUGCGUGGAGCAGCGCCUGUCCUUGCGGGCAGCGGGGACACGGAGCCCCUGCCGGGUGCUGCUGGGCCGUCCCUGCUCUCGCAGGGGGGCAGCACACGCUGAGGUCGCUGCCGUGCACUCCUGCACAUCAGUAUUUUAAGUCCAAUAGGCUCAAGGGAUCAGAAACGUAUUUUAAUAGCUCUUUCCAUGCACUUGGAAAAAGUUUCUUCACUGACUUUUCAUUUUCCAAACAGGUUUGUGUGCGUCUUCUCAAAUGGGGCUGAAGUUUGACAGCUGGUGGUUUUUUUUUUUUUUUGUUCAAUACUUCAAAAUAGCACCUUAUCCUGUCAAAACAUUGCUAUUUGUGAUCGUGAUAUCCAUGGCUAAAUAUAUGCCUGCUGCCGUUAAUGAUAUAAACCUCCUUGGUUUCAGCCGGCCUUAUAGAAAUACUAGAGAAGAGAAUUUCCGUCUCAUAGAGAAAAACAAGCGCAAACUCUGGGGACUCAUAAUCCUGAUUAAGGUUUUGACCUCUGAUGCUUUCUGGAAAUGAAAGAAGUCCGAGGUUCUUUCAGGUCAUCCUUGUACAUAUGUGCAGCCGUGUAAAGUCUGUGCUGAUCUGUAAAAUACUGUUCAAAGAACUUUUAAGGUAAUUGUAAAAUAUUAAAUGUUGAUUUAUUUCAAGUA